AUCCAUUUGCAUACACCUUAAACAUGCCAACUGUCGAACGGCCUUCGCCUCGUGGAGGUCAAUAAUCGGUUGGUAAUGCGCUAACGUCGGCUUGCUGUGGUGAGACUUGCAGUGGAGACGUCGUUACAAAUACAAAUGCCGAAGGCCAAACGACAGUAACGUCAUAAGCAGGCUCAGAAGACAACUGAUUGCUAACAAUUUCCUCUCUCCAUCCUCUUUCCGUUCUUGUAGCUUUAACACAUCUCUCAAUCUGACGAAAUGACUCUCACUAUCGUAGGCGCAUCCGGCAAGCUGGGCUUCGCCACGCUUAAUGCUCUGCUUGACCACAACCUUCUCCCAGCUCACGAUAUAACGUGCACAACUUCAUCGGACACAGGCGCCCAGAAGUUAGGUAGUGCCCGUCUGAAAGGCGUACAAAUCAAAAGUGUCAACUGGGAUGACAGUGCCGAAGUCUGGGAGUCCAUCCUCAGCGGCUGCACCAAUCUCUUCCUCAUAUCGAGCGCCCGAAUCGACAAAGACUUCAACAAUGCGCCGCCCGGCCACGGACGGGAGAGCGACCACUACAAAGCGCUGGAAGCUGCGAGGAAAGCCGGGGUGAAGCACGUCUAUUACACUAGCUUAGCUUUUGCGAAUCCGAGCAAAAGCCGGGUUAUGAAAGCGCACGAGCGGUCCGAGGAGUGGUUGCACAACCACGCCGGAAGUAUGCAGUACACCAUCAUCCGCGAAGGCCUCUACAACGAGAGCUGGCCACUAUAUCUUGGCCAUUAUAACCUGCCCAACGACGAUCGAACAGAGGUUCCUGUCGCUGGUGAUAGUAAGAUCAGCUGGACCAGUAUAGCUGACCUCGGCCUUGCGAAUGCCAUCAUCUUAGCCGCGCCGUCAGAAGAAUGGGCCGGAAAGACGUUCUACCUUUCGCAGCAGAAAGCUCAUUCGCUACAGGACGUUGCGGCUAUGGUCUCUACAGCGAAGGGUAAGGAGGUGAAGUUAAAGGUUGUGACGAAGGACGAACAUGUGGAGUACUAUGUCCAGCAACGUCAGAUGCCAAGGCCGAUGGUGGAAUGGUGGGCUGACUCGUAUCUGGCAUUGCAAGACAACGAGUGUCUGAUAGAGGACCCGACGCUCGAGCAAUUGCUGGCUGAGAGAGGUGCGAAGCCGCAGCAAAUGGAGGACACGGUAAAGCAAAUGCUUGGGAGUUAAGUUUCCGUAGCAUAAUUUUACGAGGAUGAUAUCUCGGCUCGC